AUGAAGAACACAAUCCCAUCAGACGUGUGGGAGAGGAAGAAAGCCUUGAUCGCCAAGCUAUACAAGGACGAAGAAUGGCCUCUCAAACAAGUCAUUAAACAAAUCCGAUCCGAUGAUUUUAACCCAAGUGAGACUCAGCUGCGGAGUAGAUUAAAGAAAUGGCGUGUUACCAAACCCUCACGGCAGACUCGGAAGAAGUCUCAAGAUGACCAACAGAACGUCAAUGGAGAUAGCAGUAGCCACGAGGCAGGGUCACCAAAGGCCGAAACUCCAAUUUCUCCUAAGACCCAGUUGUAUUCGACACAGAAACCAGAUACUGUAUUGUCCUCUUCCGAAUCAGACCUCUACAUGGGCGAUGGAACAUAUAUGCAUCAUGAUUUCCCUACCACAGGAUCUUUCAACAACCAGAAUGCUUCCAACGCCUGGGCUCAUGAUAGGGAUUCUUCUGUGGUAGUUAUGUCCAACUCCUUCGAGCCAUCAUCCAAUACCUCGCCUCUAAUAGAUGGCGUUAUACUUGACUCGACAUCUUCGAUGGGUUCGUUCCAAAACUCUCAUUAUGCGGUGACGACAGGCUCAUGCAUGACAACCCCGACGACCGCAGCGACAGCGCCCAUCAGUUGGGUUGUACCUCAGUGGUAUCCGAUACAUCUAGAGGCUGGUGCUCACCCUUCAUCAAUGCCAUACUACACAGCCCCACCUCUGAGCCCCCCCAUCGAUCCAGCAAUGCAGAUGGUAUCUCCACACCCUCCUCAUCGGCUAUAUUCACCCCCUUCCCCAGGGUGCUCAUUCUCGCAUGAGCAGGUGUUCGACCCACAUGACGCGAGGAAGCUAUCUCUCCACAGCAUACCUGUUCCCUAUAGCCCUGGUACCGCUGGCGGUCACUUGAGGGCCAACCAAAAGACAGGGCAGCAAGAGAAGACAUCACUCCCUACCAAGUUAUCCAAUCACUUUCCGGUUGGACCAGUAACUCAUUCCCCCAUUUUCCCCAGUGGACAUCCUGUGAUGUGUGCGCCGACAUUUCCUUAUUAA